CUGAAAAUGGAUCUGGGUUUAUUUCUUUGUGUUUAUAAUUCAAAUUGAAAAUUGCGCAGAUGAAACCGCUCGGAUUCUGGUCGAGUUCUUGGAGGUAGCAAUCACUUCAAUUGUUUUCCUCAAAGGAAUUUACGCUCCAGGUGCUUUUGAGAGAAGGAAGUACAUGAAUUUGGUGGUUCAUAGAGCUCGGCACCCUGAGCUCAGAGAUUAUAUCCAUUCUGCUGUCUCAGGACUUCUUCCUUUUAUCAAAAAGACAUACAUUUCACUAAUAAGUUCUGGUGGAGAGAGUAGCAGUUAUUUUCUUCGACAGUGACAACAACCCUAUGGAAAGAUUUAUGUUUAAGCUCACUGUGGAUCAGUCUUGUGGCUCAAACGUCAAAGAAGCUGACCUGGAGUUCUCACUUAGGUCAUUCUUUAUCAGGCUUCCUCUCAUAGAAUCUGCUACUAAGAUUGCAGGUGGGAGAUAACGGCAUACUUCUGGUCCCUUCCUCAGGAAAUUUCAAGCAAGAAUGAAGGGUUGUGGCUUCCAACAGACACAAAGCAGUGGCAACAACCUCCCCUAAUAAGUCCUAUUAAGUCAAUGAGUAGCCAACCUCUCUCUGUGCAGUUGUAUCUAGAACAUCCAAGUGUAUAUGAACCAAAGCCGUGAAUAAAGAUUACAAAACUACCCCAGGUAACAAUUGCAACAGCCAUGCUGUCAUCCAUUCUACAUUUGCCUAUACCAUGCGACAGAAGGGGUUCCAAUGGAAACAAUUGAGUUCAUUGAAUCUAAAUUGGAUUUGCCGAAUGACUUCAAGAAGUCACUGAUUCGAAAGUACCCUGACUUUUUAGCAGUUAAAGAUGUCAAUGGAAGAGCUUAUCUUCAUUUGGAGAAUUGGGACUCUUCACUAGCGGUGGCAGCUGUGGAACGAUUGGCUAAUGAAGGGUUUGUGGGCUCUGAUGGAGUGGGAAAAAAGUUUGAAAUCAAAAGAUGGGAACUUUCAAGGUCCACAGGCCUUUAUAAUUAUUUGCCUGCUGGUUUUAGGACAAAUGCCAGUUACCUUGAGCAAUUUGAAAGUAGCAGAAACUGGAAUUCCCUUCUCCUUAUUUGAAUGCAAGGAGGUUUGACAUUGCUGACACUAUUUACCUGUGUUGAUUAGAUCAUCGAGUCAGCAACUAAAGCUUGUCCUGGGUUCAAUUAUUUGGGCAUUUCGGCACACAGAAAGAAAUAUUGCUGAAACUGGACUGAACCCGUUAUUGGAGAUGCUGAAGAACUUUCAGAAAUCGGAGUCGUGUAAAAUCAAUUUUUCCAGACAUACAUUUAGCAAAUUGAGCAAGAAAUAUUUGCUGUCUUGAUGGACACGUUUCAUAAGCCUGGGUUCAAGUUGCCUGUCUUGGUGCUCCAACAGUUGUUUUGCCUUGUAGAAAGUGUCCUGUGACGGAGCCUCUGUGGAAUGUUGCAGUGGUUCCGUACUUCCUUAUCAAUAUUUAAAUAAUGCAAUGUUUGAUCGGGAGUUCACCAUAAAGACCCCAACAUGACUUCCAUAGAGGUCAAUCAAUUUUUGAAAGGACUAUUCAAGUCCAAGAAUGACUGCUUGGCCAGAUUUAAGGGAGACUUUCUGUUGCAAUUAAAAGAAUUUUCAGCACAGGACAACAAAGAUGUUUAUGCAGAGGAGGCUGCUGCACAAAGAGAGAGAAGGGCAACGGAUUACGCCCAAUGAGAUACAAGAUGAAAUGGUUGAUUCUUAGAUGGCUAAUAUUCAUGUCGGAGCUAAAUUCAUGUGUGAUCUGUGGGGUAUCUAGAUUCAGUCAUCUAAAUCUAUCAAUGCAAAUGCAGCAUUAGCUUCCCUUUUGUUUCCAGAACUUUCUUAGUCGAAAUUAGUAAAAGCACAAGGUCGCCCAUCCGCUGGCUGCACUGCCUAUAUGUCUAUUGGAUGGCCAUAUAGUAUUUAAUUAGGUGCUGAUUUAGGGAAAGGAAUAUGUCAGUCAUUUGUACGGGUUUUGCUCGAUCCAGAUUGAUCUAUAUGUACUUGCUAGAUGGGAUUCAGUCUGUUUAAAUGACUUGGUAUGGAUCAUCCUUCUUAGAAGUCUUAAGUUGAAGUUUAGACCAAACUACCAAAGAAGUCGAAGCAUAUUCAUUCCACUGUAACCCCUCGUAGUUUAGGGAAGUUGAAGUUCAGAAAGCGUCCCGAGUUUCUAACCAAAUUAGCAGACCUUUUCUGUGAUACAAUUCUUGAGGGUCCUUCGACGUGCCUGCACUUCUUUUUCUUGACAUCACAAUGACACCUCAAAAAAUUCAAACUGGGUAACCGUAUCCUUACACUUGUUUGGUGGGCUGCAUUACCGUGCUUCCCCUAAUUACUAGGCCGCCCCAAGUAAAGGACUAGUCUGGACGGAGAAUUGAGGUACAUGUCACCAGACUCACUGAGUGGUUUUGGUUUUGGUAACUGCAUUUGCUUUUAAAGGGUUGAAUACAAUAGGACAUAUAUUGUCCCAGCCGGAAUGCAUCUAAUGCGUUGAUCAGUACGGAAAACUUGGUGCCUAACAUGAUAUGCGGAAUGCAAUGACUCGAUGGAUAUCCACCAGAUUGACAUGCACAUUUCUAAAGCUGGAUUAAUUAGUCACAAUUCGAGGGAGGGGGCACAACAUAAAUGUGGGUGAUGAUGAAUGUGUUAUGACCGUGGAAGUGGGUGGUGGUGAGGUUGGAAGAUGAGAAAAUAUUAGAAGAAAAUAACACCGAAAACGGUAUAAGCUAGGAUUGAUUUCAACAUAAAAAUUUAUGCGAGUUAUAGUCUUAUAGAUAAUAAAUUUAUAGGUGUGAAUAAAAUAUUUAUUAAUUAAUUUUCUUUUUCUUUUACCACUGAAUAAAUCACUUCAAACUUAAAAACACAAAAUGUGACUCUACCCUUCUCCCCCUUAUCUUCAAAAUCUUCCCUCCUUUCAAAUUCUUGUACACACACACAUGUAUGUAUAUCAGUAUAUAUUGAGAAAACAAAAUGGAUUGGGUUGAAUAACCCGAUCUUGGUGAGUCGGGCUUGGAGCUAAAUCGGGUAGACCCGCCAAAGAGCGGGUUCGUCUAUUCAAAUUCAAAGCAGGCUUUCUGCUUCCAGAGUACGAAUUAUUGGGAAUUCUCUCUCUCUCUCUCUCUCUCUCUCUCUCUCUCUAGAGAUAAUGGAGCGCAAAGACAAUCAGUCUCCUCAAGAUGAAACCGCUCGGAUUCUGGUCGAGUUCUUGGAGGUGGCAAUCACUUCAAUCGUUUUCCUCAAAGGAAUUUACCCCCCAGGUGCUUUUGAGAGAAGGAAGUAUAUGAAUUUGGUGGUUCAUAGAGCUCGGCACCCUGAGCUCAGAGAUUAUAUCCAUUCUGCUGUCUCAGGACUUCUUCCUUUUAUCAAAAAGGGUCUGGUGGAGAGAGUAGCAGUUAUUUUCUUCGACAGUGACAACAACCCUAUGGAAAGAUUUAUGUUUAAGCUCACUGUGGAUCAGUCUUGUGGCUCAAACGUCAAAGAAGCUGACCUGGAGUUCUCACUUAGGUCAUUCUUUAUCAAGCUUCCUCUCAUAGAAUCCGCUACUAAGGUUCUUCCUCAGAAUUGCAGGUGGGAGAUAACGGCAUACUUCCAGUCCCUUCCUCAGGAAAUUUCAAGCAAGAAUGAAGGGUUGUGGCUUCCAACAGACACAAAGCAGUGGCAACAACCUCCUCUAAUAACUCCUAUUAAGUCGAUGAGUAGCCAACCUCUCUCUGUACAGUUGUAUCUAGAACAUCCAAGUGUAUAUGAACCAAAGCCAUGAAUAAAGAUUACAAAACUGUUCAAGUGUAUAUGGUUACUGUGGUAACAAUUGCAACAGCCAUGCUGUCAUCCAUUCUACAUUUGCCUAUACCAUGCAACAGAAGGUUAAAGAUGUCAAUGGAAGAGCUUAUGUUCAUUUGGAGAAUUGGGACUUUUCACUAGCGAUCGCAGCUUGUGGAACGAUUGGCUAAUGAAGGGUUUGUGGGCUCUGAUGGAGUGGGAAAAAAGUUUGAAAUCAAAAGAUGGGAACUUUCAAGGUCCACAGGCCUUUAUAAUUAUUUGCCUGCUGGUUUUAGGACAAAUGCCAGUUACCUUGAGCAAUUUGAAAGUAGCAGAAACUGGAAUUCCAUUCUCCUUAUUUGAAUGCAAGGAGGUUUGACAUUGCUGACACAAAAGCAAGGAAGCGAAUGGUGGCGGUGUGUCAGUCUUCAUGAACUACUCAGUUUGACUAUGCAGAAGGGGAUGACAUCUUACCUUCUAAAUUGCUGCUUCAUUUGGUAAAACAUCCUGGUAGAAUUUACAUAACUAUUAAACGUACAAGGAGCUCUGUAUUUCUUAUAGAAGCUUAGGAUGGAUCAAAUUUGACGAACAAAUGUUGCCUCCUGUUAUAUAAUGAUAAAUUUGUAGGUCUUAGUGGUAGGACAUAGAUCAACUCAUGUAAUGCGGUAAUAGUCAAAUUCUGUUGAAUAAUUCUGUGCUGUAUCCUAGUAAAGCUGCAAAAUUGGUGAUUAUCAUCAUAUUAACCA